CUAACGCUUCACGCUCCCAGUGACCUCUUGGCAGCUCUUUUGGCCCUGCAGUCAGGAAAAUGCCAUUCUCAUGAGUGUGCAAGGAACCCACAGAACUGUAAUGUCUAACCCUACAUGGAAUAGCAACUCUUUGAAGUUUUUGGGCUGUACCGAACUGUGUGCAAAACUAACAAAUCAGCUGAAGCACCUACUGAUAAGGAUCAGCCUUGGUAAAGAAACACACUGUGGUAGUUAAAAGGCAUUUCUAGGUGGCAGAGACACAGUGAAGCUCUCUGUGGAGCAAGGAAAGCUGAUGGGGGAGCCUUGCGCGUAACCCAGGAUGGACUGGCUGUGACGUGCCUUAGCUGGAGAGGUAGUUACGAUGAAGAGUUCCUGCAGAGCUGGCCUCCACAGGGAACCGCUGAAUUCCACAUCCUCCACCUUCCAUCAAGUGAAACGGGUUUCUGGUAUGCACUUAAAGCCAUAUCUCAAGUUACAGAAAAAAGAGCGAUCUCCAGAAAUAAGCCAGGAUUCCCUGAGAGGCCCACCUAUGAGCCAUCAGAGAUCAGCACAAGAAGAAAAAUACACGAACAACUGCACCAAACUGAGCGUUUUCCCAAAACCCUCCCUUGUGACUCCAUCCCAAAAGCUUCUGGGGAUUAUUUAUCCAAAUACUAUGUGCAAUAUGAAUGGGAAAGGUCCAGCGGAUGGUCCGAGUGCAAGGGAAAAGAAGAACGCCCUGUCUGCGACGAUCCACCAGGGAGAAGAAGGGGAAGGGCCUCUGGAUGUCUGGGCUGUAGUGAAACCUGGCAAUACAAAGGAGAAGAUUGCGUUCUUUGCAGCCCAGCAAUGCAGCAGUAACAACCGGCUAGGCUCCAUGAAAAUUAAAAGCACGUGGGAUAUCGACGGAAGAACAGCUAAACGCAGGAAAAAGUCGGUAGAUCUUAAAAAAGCCAAAAUUCAACUGGAAAGAAUGAGGGAGGCGAAUGUCAGGUGCUCCCAGCCGGAGCCUUUUGCCUGUGGCAUCGAGCACUGUUCGGUGCAUUACGUGAAUGACAACGGUGAUGGUGUGUUCCCGGGCCGGUCCCUCUCGGUGAUAGAGAUGGUAGCCUUUCUGGAGCAACGAGCAAGUGCUUUACUGGUAGACUGUGCGAAAACCUGCACGCAUGCUUCUACUACGAGGCUGAACGCUCAGCCUAAAGGUGCGCUUCCCAGCUCAGACCCUUUCUCCUCCGCCGGGGCGUGCGAGGUACCUGCGGAGAGGGGACCUUGCGGCAAUAGCGAGCAGCAGCAGAGCGAGCCUGUGCGUGUGCUGGACAUGGUGGCCAAGCUGGAGUCGGAGUGCCUAAGACGCCAGAGCGAGCGGGAGGCUGGGAGCCUCUCGCGGAACAACAGCUUCCGCAGAAAUGUCGGGAGGGUGCUCCUGGCGAACGGCACCCAGCCCGAGGGAGAGGUGGGGAAGGUCUGCUCGGGGGUCCUGGCUCCGGGGGAUGGCUUGGAGGAGGCAGGUGUAGCAGAGGCCGGCUACGGAGGACAGUGCGGUCCUCUGGGUGACGCAGAGUUGUGGGAUGGUGCUGCCUCUGCUCGGCAGCCUUUUCCUUCUGGGCUGGAUACUCGGAUGGGGAAUGUGAACUCGGGACUUGCUCAUGCAGUGUUGGCGAUAACCGCUGGCAGGAGCGAUACUGAAACGCGAAUUGAGCCUCCCAGACCUCUGCCAUCUGCAUGUCCGGCUGCUGCCAGGUUGCCACCGGAUUCCUUGCAGAGCAAGAAUGCGACUGUUGAUUGUACGUCGAAAGAGCCUGUAAUUUUGCCAAAGCAGAGUCUGCAUCCUGCUAGGAAGGAGCCCUUAUGCAUCAGUAUAUCGGUCACCAAGACUGAGAAAGGAUGCAGGAAAGAGAAGGUCUCUAACGCCAGUGGUAGUGAAGAUCCACUCCCAGGGAGGCUGUUUUUCCUCCAGGCUGACCAGCCUGCUGCUCAGGAGCAACAGCCGCUACGGGAAAGUACCCAAGAAAAGCCAGGAGAAGUAGCCCAAAAUGAGGAUGAGGAUGCUUUGGUAUCUGACAGAUCAUGCGUCAGAAACAGUGUCCCUACAGAGCCAUCUGCCCUUUCUGUUCCUCCGACAGAAGGGGCUUUGCAAGUACUUGAUGCUUCCUGCUUAAAAAGGCAGGUUUCGCAUGACUUUUUGGAGACCAGGUUUAAAAUUCAGCAGCUUUUGGAGCCUCAGCAGUAUAUGGCCUUCUUGCCUCACCACAUCAUAGUGAAGAUCUUUGGAUUGCUUCCUACUAGGAGUCUGGUUGCCCUAAAAUGCACUUGCUACUACUUCAAAUUCAUCAUUGAAUAUUACAACAUCAGGCCAGCAGACUCCCGCUGGGUCCGCGAUCCCCGCUACAGAGAAGACCCUUGCAAGCAGUGCAAGAAGAAAUACGUGAAAGGGGAUGUAUCACUGUGCCGGUGGCAUCCCAAACCAUACUGUCAAGCUUUACCGUACGGGCCUGGGUACUGGAUGUGCUGUCACCGGUCUCAGAAGGGCAUCCCGGGCUGUAAGUUAGGUCUUCAUGACAAUCAUUGGGUUCCUGCCUGCCACAGCUUUAACCGUGCUAUUCAUAAGAAAACCAGAGGAGCGGGAGCUGAAGUGGAAGAAGAAUAUUAGUGCACAUACACUUUCCUGCGAGAUUGUUUGGGGUAGGAGGAGAUUCUCAUGCCUUGUGCUGUUUACAGUGUAUAUAAUUGUCGUGUUUUUUUUUCACAGGGCUAUGAAACUGCACAUACUUAAACACAAGAGCCUUUACCUUUUAGAUUAAAGAUAGCUUUUAGUCCAUCUAUGUAAAUAACACUAUAAAAACUAAUUGUACAUACAGAGUCUACAGCUGGCUGAACAACGUAAUCACUACAAUGCAGCUAUGAUAGUGUUGCGGCUAUAGUUGUGUGUGUUUUUAAGUGUCUUGUUUCAAAAAUCUGUAUAUCCUGUAUAAUAUAUGAAUGUUUCUGAGAAGAAACUCUAAAUAGGUAAAGGUCAACUUGUUUAAAGAAUCUUCAGACAACUUAACUGGACAACCUUAAAAUUAGACUAGAACAGAUCCAUUAUAGUAGUGUGGCAGUGGAUAAAAAGAGAGGAAUAUUAUUGUAUAGUCAGAAUAUAAAAAAAGUUCUUGUCUACC